GCAAGUGUUUUGAACCGUCCCCCGGGCCUCCCCACCAGCCUAGGUCCUGGCCAUGAGACCCUCACACCUCCACCUCUCCGCCGCCUCCGGCCCUUGGGGCCUCGAGAACCUUCUGCUGCCGCUACUGAUGACGCAACUCUGGGUCGCGGAGUCUCUGCUGCUCCCCGGAAACGACAAGAACUCGCUCUCCGUGGCCUCCGCCGACACUUGCCCUCCUAGAUCGCAGCCCUGGCAGGUGUCUCUCUUCGACGGCUUCUGGUUCCACUGCGCCGGCGUCCUGGUGGACAAGAGUUGGGUGCUCACGGCUGCGCACUGCGGGAAAAAUAAGCCUCUGUGGGCUCGAGUUGGGGAUGACCACCUGCUGCUUUUCCAGGGAGAGCAGUUCCGCAAGACCACCCUUCCUAUUAUCCACCCCAAGUACAAGAGCUCGGGCCCCAUCCUGCCCCGGCGAACAGAUGAGCAUGACCUCAUGCUGCUGCAUCUGACCUGGCCCGUUGUGCUGGGGCCUCGAGUGCAGCCUCUACGCCUGCCCGAUCACUGUGCCCAGCCCCGAGACCAGUGCCAUGUCGCCGGCUGGGGCACCACAGCCUCCCGAAAAGUGAAGUACAGCAAGAGCCUGAGCUGCUCCACGGUCACUAUCCUGAGCCCUGAAGACUGUGAGGUCUCCUAUCCUGGCGUGGUCACCAACAACAUGAUGUGUGCAGGACUCAGCAGGGGUCAGGACCCCUGCCUGAGUGACUCAGGUGGCCCUCUGGUCUGUGAUGAGACCCUUCAGGGCAUCCUUUCAUGGGGCCAAUACCCCUGCGGCUCUGCACAGCAUCCAGCUGUCUACACUAAGAUCUGCAAAUACCGCAGCUGGAUAGAGAAAACCAUCCGCUCCAACUGACCCAAAGGCCCUGCAACUGCUUCGCCAUCUGCCCUCUUCCUCCUUCCUC